AGAGAGCAGAACGACACCCAAAGAGGAACCGACAGCGACCGGCUCAAUCAUCGGAUCAGGAUGUUUGUUCUCAUCUGGACGGCUCUGCUCUUCUGUGUGAGAGACGUCACUGCUGACACAGGAAAAUCAUUGAAGGGAUUACAAACAUGUGGCAGAGGAUUCUGUAUCACUCUCAGUGAAGGAGAAAUCACAGCAGAGGCUGGACUCUGUGUUGUGAUACCGUGUUCUUUCACUCUUGGUGCUGGCUAUACACACCAACAUAUGGUGUGGUUCAAAUGUGAACCACCUAAACUCAGAUGUGGUGUUGAAGACAUUAUAUUCAACACAAACAAGAAAACCAAAGUUCAGUCCAAGUUCUUCGGACGAGUUUCACUGUUGGAGCCUGACAUGAUGAAGAGGAACUGCAGCAUCAUCAUCAAUAACCUCACUGAGUCCGACUCUGGAUUUUAUCAACUCAGAAUGUAUGGUAUCCUGUCUUUGAGUGACCACGGCUUUGCCCAGUAUUUGAGAGAAGAUGGAUAUACAUUCUCGAAAGGAGCAACUGUCUCUGUUAAAGCUCUUACCCAGAAGCCCUCAGUGCUGAUUCCUCCUCUGACCGAGGGGCGGAAGGCCACACUGACCUGCACUGCUCCUGGUCUCUGCUCUGGUUCUGAUCCAGAAAUCACCUGGAGGUGGAGAGGAGCAGGAGAGAAGGACUCUCACAUCACAGGAAACAUCACUGGUGUCACACAGAGACGCAGUUCAACGUUGACCUUUAACCCUUCAGCUGAACACCACGGCACCAACGUCACCUGUAAGGUCAGCUUCACAAGCAGCAUCACUACAGAGGAGACAGAGACUCUGAAUGUGGCCUCACUAGUAAACACAGAUCAAUGUGGAGCCGGUGCAGCACUUCCCUGGGUCAUCGUUGCUGUUGUUUCUCUGGUUGUGAAUGUCAUCUGCAUCAUCCUCUUGACGCUCCUCUGGAACACAAGGAAACAGGUGAAACCAAAACAAGAGGACAGAACUUACACGUCACUGCGGAAAAAGGACGUGUCACCAGAGUAUGACGUUAUUGCUCAAGCUCUGAACUGACCAGUGGCAGCUUCCACCGAGUGAAGAAGAUUAUUCUUCCAUACUUCUAUUCAACAUAUCAUGCGUUAACUUGAAUCAAUAUGUUCUUUAUUUGCUUUAAAUUGAACUGUAACUUGGAUUUUGCUUUGUAAAGUAUUAUAAUGUUUUAGUUUACGUUUCAUGAACUUUUAUUGACCCGGUGGAGGUCCACUGAGCAAUUUUUCACUGUACAUUAAAACAAACAAGCAACAUG